AGUCGGUUCCUACAUUUCCAAUCGAAUUCUACGAGGCGCGUUGCAAAAAUCUUGCAGCGCUUUAAUUUAAAUACAAAUUUAAAAUUAUAGUAAUACCAAAAAUUCGAUCAAAUAUUAAAAAUAGUACCUACUACAUGUACAUAUGUAUACAUGCAACAAAAUAAAAAGAAGAAACAGUAGUUAAGUGUAUAAAACAAAAUAUCUUUAACAAAAUUAACGCAAAGCGGAACAUUGAAUUAAAUUAACGAACGUGCAUCAAACGUUAACGUUUCCGACAAGUCGAGUUCAAACCAAUUGCAUUUUAUGAUUGCCCUGAGUGCCACUUUAACACAGCAGCAACAGCAGCAGCGGCAACGACAACAACACCAGCGGCAACUACGUGAAACAGUUUCCGUUAUCUAUUGUGAGCCAUGGAACAAUUCGAACAGUUGUUGACGUGCUGCGUAUGCCUGGACAGGUAUCGCAUACCGAAACUGCUGCCAUGCCAGCACUCCUUCUGUAUGGAGCCAUGCAUGGAGGGAUUGGUCGACUAUGUGCGACGUCAGGUCAAAUGCCCCGAGUGCCGUGCCGAACAUCGUAUACCCUACAAUGGCGUCCAGGCAUUUCCCACGAAUGUUACGCUGCAGCGUUUUCUGGAACUCCACAUCGAAAUUACCGGCGAGUUGCCGGAUCCCACUUCAGGUCAAAUCAUGGAACGCUGCGGAGUUUGUUCCGAGAAGGCAUACCUGUCCCACUGUGCGCACUGCGAGAAGAAGAUCUGCGAGGACUGCAAGAGCGCCCACAUGGACAUCCUUCGGCGCGAGAUUACCCGCUUCAACUCACAGAUUCGACGCAGUUUGCAUCGAUUGCAGGACUCGCUGGCCAUCAUUGAGAAGAACACGACGAGCCUGCAAACGAACGCUAUAAGCGUGACGGAUGAGAUUGAUGAGAUCUAUCGACGCAUUACGAAGGCUAUCAAGGAUAGAUCGGAUGGGCUGAAAGGCGAAAUUGAUCGCUAUUUGGCCGUGGAGCUGCGCAACCUGACAACGCUCAAGGAAAAUCUGGACUUGGAGAUAGCGAACAUCGGUAGCAACUGCGACAUUGUGGACAAGUACAUGAACGAGACCGUCGAAUGGGAUGACUGCGAACUCAUGGACACCAAGGAGAUCUUUAUGAAGACCGUCGAGUUUCUGCGCCACUUUGAAUACGAGAAUAAUGAUUACAGUCGCCGUGUGCGCUUCCUCGUCUCCAUUGAUCCCAAUCAGCUGGUCAUGAAUUUAGCCACCUUCGGUGAUCUGAACAUUGCCCCCCACUCGACACCCGGCAGUUCAGUGAGCAGCUCACAUCUGGCGCCACCCAGCGCCCUGCAGCCCGGCCUGAUGCGCUCCAAGAGCGAUCAUCGACUGGCCACACAAUUCCGCCAGCAGGAGGAGCGCAGCGGCUACAACGAUGAACCCGUCCUCGGUGGCCGAAAGUUCGGCGAACGUCCGCAACGCACUAACAACAACAGCGAUCGCUAUGGUGACAAUCGAUAUGGACGCUCCGAGUACGAUUACGACAACGACUAUGAGAACGAGCCGGCGAGUCGUGCUGGAAAAUCGUCACGUUUCCGUUCGCGAUUCGUGCGCUCCCAUCAGAACGAGGACUCGGACAGUGAGCAGCAGCAGCAGCAGCGCCAGCAGGAGAUCGAUAAGCGCAAAGAUCGCGUCCUCGAUAGCGAGGACGUCUCUCGGGGACAGCUAAGUGGCAUCAUACGACUGAGCGACUGUUCUCGCGUCGUCCAACGUCUGGCGGACAUUGGCAAGGAGAAGAAGGAGAAGAAAUCGGAUGCUGCCGUUGCGGCUCAGGCGGCCGUCCAGGCAGCUAUCCAGACUCAAAAGGCGGCCAUGCAGCGACAGCAGCAGAAGAGCCAACAGACUGCAGCAGCAGCAGCUGACGAGGAUGAGUUGGCGCGUCAGAAGCGUAAGAGUGGUGCAGCAAGCUCAACGGCAGCCCCCAGCGGUGAGUCGAGCAGCGAACAGCGUCCCGGAGCGGAUCGUGUGGCGGCACUGAAACGUGGCGGCCAAGGAGCCAGUACAGAGGAGAGCGAUGGCAGCAGCAGCAAUCAAGCGACAACAGCAUCAUCUUCAGUGCGUACAGCAACAACGGCGACAGCACGAGCCGAGUCCAAACCGGCAGUGUCCGCCCAGGUGGCCGCUGUGAAGAAGACACAGCGCUCCGGCAGCAGCGAUAGCAGUGCCUCCACCGAAAGCUCAGCCAGCUCAGCAGCCGCAGCAGCAGCAAGCUCUGCCCAAGCAACACCAAGCAGCAGUAGCAAUGCACAGCCGAAGGCUGCGACCACAGCGCGUUACUCUACGGCGCGGGAAUCCUCGACAGCAGUACCGACUGCAACGCCCGAGAAGAAACCGUUCGUGAGCCGCUUUCUGCCCCAGCACAGCAAUCCGAGCAGUGCCAAUGGCGCCGCUGAGAAGAAGAAGCCUGAGUCAGAGUCGAGCAGCGAGGAGGAGACCAGCUCUGAGUCUGAGUCCGAAUCGGAGCCGGAGACGAAGCCCAAAACAAUUGCGACAAGCAGCAGCAUCGCUGCCAAAUCGAUGCCCAGCAGCGCAGCCAGCUCCACAACGGCGGCCACCACGAGCGGCAGCAGCUCCUAUCGGGAUCGAUUGGAGGCGCGUCGCGCUUCUAGGGAUGAUACCGCUGCCACAACACGCAGCACCUAUGCCACGCCCAACUCUAGCAGCAGCGGCUACAGCAGCUCCACACGCACCCGAGCAGUACCCGCUCCGCAUCAUCUGUCCGAGACUGAGGAUCGCUAUGGCAGCGGCACCGGCAGCAGCAGCUACACAAGCCGCUUUCUAAACAAAAGCAAGAGCAGCGCAAUUGUAACGCAACCCUCGCUAUCCACGCCCACUGCAUCCUUCGAUGAGGACGCCAACGGAACCGGCGACGACUCGGACAGCCGCUACGGCACCGGCCGUUCCCGCUAUCUGGCGAUGAAGGAGCGGCGCACCCGACUGGCUCGCAGCCGCUCCUCGCAUCAGUUUAACAACGAGGAUGACGAUCUGGAUGAGCCCGUGUCACCGACAACAGUCUCGCCAUCCGCUUACUUGGCCUCAAGGUACAGUGGCUAUGGCAGCAGCGACCUGUCGAGGAGUCGAUCCUCACAUGCGCUGAAGUCGCGCGACAAUUCGCCAAUUGCGGAUCGCAGUGCAGGAUCGUCGCGGAGCGCUGUGGGCAGCUCGACGGAUACCAAGGAUGGGGAGGCGCUCAGCUCGUGGGCGCGUUAUUUGAAGAACAAGUAUGGGAACAAGAGCUCUAAGGAUGCGCUCAGCAGCAGCAGCGUUGGCAGCGCACGCGACAGCCACGUCUCCAGUUCGACGGGGGCGUCGUCGCAUGCGCACGGCGCUACUGGCAGCCGGAGCACGGCCAGCGAUGUAUCCAGACGCUUGAGUCUGGGUCUGCCGCUGCGCCAGGCGAAUGAGCUGCCCUCGUCCGAUGAUGACGGGUCAAAAAACGGGCUAGGCUCCCCUACGUCCCCUACGGUAGCAGCAGCAGCCGGUAUAACCGGAGUGGCAGGUACUAUCCCUAAACAGGUGUACCUACGCAAGCGCCAGCAGCUGUUCCAGUUGGGGGGCCGGGGGAGCGAGCCCGGAUCCUUUACGUGGCCGCGCGGCUUAGCCGUCGGCCCGGACAAUAGCAUCGUCGUCGCCGACUCAAGCAAUCAUCGCGUCCAGGUCUUCGACUCCAAUGGCAUAUUCGUCAAGGAAUUCGGCGAAUAUGGCAACGGCGAGGGCGAAUUCGAUUGCCUCGCCGGCGUGGCGGUAAAUCGCAUUGGCCAAUACAUCAUAGCCGAUAGAUAUAAUCAUCGCAUACAAGUGCUCGAUCCACAAGGACGCUUCCUACGUGCCUUCGGUUCGCAGGGCAUCGCGGAUGGCAAAUUCAAUUAUCCUUGGGGCGUAACAACCGAUGCACUCGGCUUCAUUUACGUUUGCGAUAAGGAGAACCACAGAGUGCAGGUUUUCCAAUCCGAUGGUUCCUUCGUUGGUAAAUUCGGUUCCUGCGGCCGUGGCGAGGGUCAACUUGAGCAUCCGCAUUAUAUAGCUGUAUCGAAUACGAAUCGUGUUAUUGUUUCCGAUUCGAAUAACCACAGAAUUCAGAUAUUUGAUGUAAAUGGCAAGGUGCUGUCCACAGUGGGCGGCGAGGGCUCCGACGAUGGCCAAUUUAAGUUUCCACGGGGCGUUGCAGUGGAUGAUCAGGGCUAUAUAUUUGUGGCCGAUUCUGGCAAUAACCGCAUACAGAUCUUCAAUCCGGAUGGCAGUUUUCUGAAGACCUUCGGCUCUUGGGGCUCCGGUGACUCGGAGUUCAAAGGACUCGAGGGUGUGGCCAUCAUGUCCAAUGGCAACAUUUUGGUUUGCGAUCGUGAGAAUCAUCGUGUGCAGGUGUUCUAAGCUACGCCCACCACUUCUAGUACUACUACUACGCCCACGUUCGCUAGGCCGCCAAAGCGAAACCCAGUGCAUUACUUGGAUUACUAUUUUGAUGAUUCAAACUUUUCAUUUUAAAACAUUUUGAUUUUUAGUUUUCGUUUAAGAAAUUAAUUUUACAUUGAGUGCCGAAUUUAAUGUCCAGAUUUCUAGGCCUAGAAAUUUGCCAAUCACUUAAGUAGCUAACUCAAACAGCAAAAAAAUUAUAUAAAAAAAUCGAAAAACUUGUUAUUAAAAAAAAAGAAGAAAUAUACUAAAUAAAAAAAAAUUAAGCGAAAACUCGUGAGAGUUGGAGUGAAAAAGAUUCUGGCUCAAUCA